AUUCCUUUCGAUCAAAGCUUCCAUUUCUUUCAAACGUUUUUAAACUUUUAUUUCGAUAGAGCGAUGGAAGCUAGUGAGUUAGAAUGCUGCUUGACAGUGGAACACCUCAAUUCCAAUGGUGUGGUCACGAAACGGCGAACGUACAAGAGUAUUACAGUUGUCUUGGGUCGAGAUGAAUUUCGCGACAUCGCUCUCCGAAUUGUCAGUAGUCGAUCUCCGUUGGGAAAGACUUUUCUCCUGAAGGAAUUAACCAUUCACAAACGGUUUUUACAGGAAGGGAAGGCUACAAUCAAACUUCUAACACAGAAGAUACAAAUAAUGUUUUCGAAUUGUCCACCGAAUCAGCUCGCAGCGUUUUUAAAAUGUCUGUCAUUGAAACUUGCUCAAAGUAAACAAAAUGGAAUUGCGAGUAACAGAAGACGGCUUCUCAGUGAUAGAGCGCGGUCGUUUGAAAACAUAAGCCCUCUUACAGACAAGGAUUUCACAGUAGGCUGUAAGAAAAGACCACUAGAAGAUAAGAACGGUGUGACACCGAAGCGAAUUAAAACUACAGGUAAAGAAAGCGAUUCGAGUUUUGGAAACGAAGAACACAACGGAGCGGCAAGAAAACGUCUCAGCUCUUUGAGUUCUUUUCAAAUGAAUCUUAUACCUGAGCAAAUGGCAGUGGUGAACGCCAUAAGAGCUGGAAAGAGUGUGUUUUUUACUGGUGGUGCCGGAACUGGCAAGUCAUAUCUCUUGAAACGUUUGAUAACACUGUUACCACCUCAGAGUACCUUUAUAACUGCUAGUACUGGAGCAGCAGCUUGUCAUAUUGGUGGGACUACGCUUCAUGCAUUUGCAGGUAUUGGCAGUGGAAGUGCACCUCUU